GGCGUAGAUUAGCUUAUUUUGUAUUGAUCUAUAUAUAUAUAUAUAUAUAUAUGUAUCACUCUGUGUGGCUCGAGCAGCCUCCACUCUCAACAGACUCUGAGGCUUUAGGGUUUUUGGAUUCCAAAAGAAAACUCGGUCAGAGAAAAACCUGCAAACAUGGUUCUUCAAAACGAUAUUGAUCUGCUGAACCCUCCGGCGGAGAUUGAGAAGAGAAAGCAUAAGCUGAAGCGCCUAGUUCAGUCCCCCAACUCAUUCUUCAUGGAUGUUAAAUGCCAGGGCUGCUUUAACAUAACAACCGUGUUUAGCCAUUCGCAGACAGUGGUGGUGUGUGGAAAUUGCCAAACGGUGUUGUGCCAGCCAACCGGUGGGCGUGCUAGACUCACUGAAGGAUGCUCUUUCAGGAGAAAGGGUGACUAAGGAAUGUUUGUUUCUUUUAUCCUCCGGUGCCCCAUUCAACUAAACUAAUUAAGCAAAAAAUGUAGAAUCUUUUUUCUUUUCUUUUUUUUUUUUCUUCUUGGUUUUCGAAUGUGAUAUUGUGUUCUUUUGGUUUCUUCCUUUUCUUCCAAGUUUAACUGCUUGCUACCUUAUGAUGUUUUGGUUUUGCAUCAUGGACUAGUUGUGAAUUCGGUUUUGAGUUUAAAGAUUUUGUGUUUUGGUUUAUA